AUUCCCGUCGGAUCUGGCAACGCCAGCCGCUUUAUAAAUAAUUUUCCCACGGUGCGAGCGGUAUUUGCAUUUAGUAACGUGCUGUUCGCCGAUCCAGAUUGCCCGUUUUGCCCGGUCCGCUCGAAAAGGAAAAACAAACACUCCCCACUGAGUUGGCUCAUAGGUUUUAGUGCCUUUUGUGAGCAAAAUGUCGGGCGAUGUGCAGCCGCGUAAGCGCAAGGAUAAGCGCCGAAAACGCGAUGAUCGCAAGUCCGAGGGCGAUGUGAGUGUUCUGCGUCAGUCCAGUUUUCAAGAUGACGACGAAUCUUCGCACGGCGUUCACAUUACAAAAAUGGGAAACGAAGAUCUCCACCUGCAUGUGCACCACGAUCACGGAACUGGCGGUCAUUGGUGCGCCAAGAUCAUAUUCUUCGCCCUGAUGGCAGUGCUCCUUGGUUUGGUUGGUCUGAUCAUCAUGGAGAAUCGCGGACUGGAGGAUUUGGACACUCCCCUGUCGGAGUCUAGGUUCUCGAAAGUUUUUGAUGGCUGGGUAGAUGAACAUCGGGAUGAGCAUGAUGGUCACGAUGUGCAGGAACCCUCUGGAGAGGCGUUAGAUGAUCAUGAUGAACACGAUGACCAUGAUGACCACGAUGACCAUGAAGAGGAAGAAGAAGAACCCCUCUCAGAAGAAUUAGAAGAAGAACUGGAGGAAGAGGAGCAGCCCACUGAGGAAGAUGAACCAGAGGCAGAUGAAGAAGAAGAAGAGGAGGAUGAAGAUGAGGAGAACAACGCGGGUGAAAACAUAACUGCCGAAGAUGCGGAGGAGGAAGAAGAGGAGGAGGAGGAUAAGGACGAUGAAGGCACCGUAGAGGCAACUGUGGAAGCUACCACCGAAGCCACAACGGAAGCCACUGGCGAAUACGACGCUGAAGAAGAUGAAGAGGAUGAGCCCGCAGCGGAUGACGAUGCAGUAGAAUCCACUGAAGCCCCGCAGUCGGAAGCUGAGGAACAGGAAGAUGAGGAAGAGCAAGAGUUCGAAGAAUCAGUAGAGCCGCCAAGAUCGCAAUCUGCGGCACAAAGUUCUCCUGCAACAGAUACUAAUGAUGACGAUGACGAGGAUGAGGAUCAAGACAAAAAAGAUGCAGAUGACGGGGAUGACGACGACUUUGAGUCCCUCGAUCAGCAAUUUGAAAAUGAUGUCGAUGAUACAGAGCCAGCAAAUCCAGUAGAGAGUCAGGAGCAGGAUGGAGACCAGGAUGAUGAGGAGGAACCCAAAGAAGAGGCCUCCUCUUGGUUGGCAUCACUUGCCGUUAAAUUUGGCGUUGGCGUUGCACUUGCCUUAGUUUCACGCCUUGUAUUGAUAAGGAAAAGUCCAAAUACAACUGAGGAUGCGCCCGCACCAGAGACUUUAUUCAGGCGAAGAUUGACGAUUGCUACGGCUGAGGAUCACAUACCGGACGAUGAGGAGGAGAUACCCCCUUUGGACGAUGAAUACUCCGAGGAGGAAAUCGAAAUCGAAGAGGAGAUCGAGGUGGAAAUCAGCGACAUUGAGGAGGAGGAAGAACGUCACGAUAGCGACGACAAUGUAGCCUCCAUGGCCAGUUAUGUGCCCGAGACCUUUGAGCAACUGAGCGCCAUGUACAAGUACGCCCAGGAGCCUGCAAAGGAAACCCAACCCGAACAGAAAGAAAAGGAGCCCGAACAACCAACCGGUCACAGCGAUAUCUACGUGGAAUACGAGGAUGGGGCCAUCGAGGAUUAUGAGCAUGAGGGAGAUAGCGAUGAGGAGAUCACCGACGAGGAGGACGAAAUCUCUGACGUGGACGAUGCUGAUCUGAUGAGCCGGCUGGAGGCCAAGUACGGUCGUCUGCCCGUCAAGGAGUUCGAGAGCGAUCCAGACUCCGACGACCCCAGCUGGACACAAAUAAAGCCGAAAGAAGCUGCAGCUGCUCCCGCAGAGAAAGAGGAUCCUUUCGAGCAAGAGUUGCGCAAGGCCAACGAGGAGAUGAUUAGGGAGAACUAUGCCCAAGCCCUGCGAUCCUUUAACACGCUCACCACCAACUUUGCCCACGAGCCGUCGGCCCAUUUGGGAAGAGCCCGAGUUCUGGAACUUCUGGCCAAGAAGGAGCGCAGCAAUCAGCGCCUGUGGGAAGCCAUCGAUGCUUACAAAAGAUAUUUGGCUUUUGGCGAGCUUGUUGCCAGCAAUAAGGAAUUUAAAACCGCCGGCGAAAGCUGCAUCGAGAAUUUGAGAUUUUUGGGUCACCACCGACAGGCAACUACCAUCCACGAGCUGCUCAUCCAACGUUUGCCUAAGGAUCCCCGGCUCCGUAACCAACUCUCACUCACCUAUCUUAUGGUAAACAAUCUUCAGCAGGUUGAAAAGGUGGCUCUGGAAACUUUGAAACUGUGGCCUACCAAUGCUGUGGCUCAACUUCAUUAUGGACUGGCCCUAAGACAGUUCCAUGCUGACUACGCCAAGGCUUUGCCUUAUUUAAAAUAUGCCGUGGAGUCGCAAGAGGAGGGCACUCAAGAGGCUUUCUUCUAUUUGUCGCUGGGCGAGACCAUGCAGCGCUUGUCCAUGAAAUCAGAAGCUCUUGAGGUGUACAGAAAAGGUGUUACCAAAGGAUUCUUUGCCAGCCUCUAUCAGAGAUCGCUGUACAAUGAGCCCAGGCUGAGAGCACAGCCUUUUUGGCAGCCCAAGGAAACGAGCUAUGAACGGCAGCUGGAGAGGCUGACCCUCAAUUGGCGUGCCAUUCGUGAUGAGGGACUAGCGCUGUUGGGCAGAAGUGGAUUCUUCGAGGAUGAAGCGGAACUGCUGCGCGACAAAGGAGUGUGGCAGCAGUAUGAGCUAUAUGCCCAGGGUCGCCGGGUGAAGGACAACUGCCGCAGGGCCCCAAUCACCUGUAGUUUGAUGGAGGAAUUUCCCGAGUCCGCGGGUUGUCGACGAGGCCAAGUGAAGUUUAGUGUUAUGCAGGCCCAGACGCAUGUGUGGCCGCAUUGUGGACCUACCAAUUGCCGACUGAGGGCACACCUCACGCUAGUCGCUCCAGAGCCGGAAAGAACCUCACUCCGAGUGGCAGAGCAGGAAAGAACCUGGCGUGAGGGAGAACUGUUCAUAUUCGAUGAUAGCUUUGAACACGAGGUGUGGCACAAUGGAAGCCAGCCACGCCUUGUGCUCAUCCUGGAUAUGUGGCAUCCGCAAUUGACUACCGCCCAGCGCCGCAGUUUAUCACCCAUCUGACCGGGAGUUACUUAGUUUUAUUAAUAGUUCCGGUUUCUAGGCCUGUAAUUUAGUUACAUUUCUCCAUCCGAAACGUUCAUUGUUAGUUGAAUCGUCAUGUUGUAUAGGCAUUGUAAUUAUACCUCUUAGUCGUAAGUUCGGUUUGAAUGCGUGUUUAGGCUAUUUAGACGUCAAUUUAUCGGUUUAUCAUAUACGAUUAGCGUUGGCUGGCAGCUUACCCUCGCUUUUCUACUUUACAGAAAUAAAACCUCUUAGGAUUCGAUAA